GAUUUCAUGUAAUAUAAAUUCCCAAUCGCACAAAUCUGAGUUCUCAGAAAAGAAAACCCUUUCCCUAUUUCAAAGCUCAAAACCCUUUAAUUACACCGGAUAUAAUAAGAGCAUUCAUCUAUAGAGCAGUGAGGUGAAGCAUGGGUCGCUCCGGCAUCGUGCUAGCGAUCGUCUUAAUCGGUUGCCUAUCUGCAAUUUCCAUUGCAAAAGAAGAAGCCAACAAGUUAGGAACUGUUAUUGGGAUCGAUCUUGGAACUACCUACUCGUGUGUUGGUGUUUACAAGAAUGGCCAUGUCGAAAUCAUAGCCAAUGACCAAGGAAACCGUAUCACUCCAUCAUGGGUGGCUUUUACAGACUCUGAGAGGCUGAUCGGUGAAGCAGCAAAGAAUCAGGCACCUAUAAACGCAGAGAGAACCAUCUUUGAUGUCAAGAGACUCAUCGGGAGAAAGUUUGAGGACAAAGAAGUCCAGAGGGAUAUGAAACUCGUCCCCUACAAACUCGUGAACAAAGAUGGAAAGCCGUACAUCCAAGUUAAACUUUCCGGUGGGGAAACAAAAGUUUUCAGUCCUGAAGAGAUCAGCGCCAUGAUUCUAACCAAAAUGAAGGAGACAGCCGAAGCAUUCUUGGGAAAGAAGAUCAAGGACGCAGUUGUUACAGUUCCAGCAUACUUCAACGACGCCCAAAGACAGGCAACAAAGGACGCCGGUGUGAUUGCUGGUUUGAACGUUGCCAGAAUCAUCAACGAACCCACAGCUGCUGCCAUCGCAUAUGGUCUUGACAAGAAAGGAGGAGAAAAGAACAUUCUUGUAUUCGACCUUGGUGGUGGAACCUUCGAUGUCAGUAUCUUAACCAUCGACAAUGGCGUUUUUGAGGUUCUUUCAACAAACGGUGACACCCAUCUUGGAGGCGAAGACUUUGACCAAAGGAUCAUGGAGUACUUCAUCAAACUAAUCAAGAAGAAGCACGGAAAAGACAUCAGCAAAGACAACAGAGCUCUUGGAAAGCUGAGAAGAGAAGCCGAGCGAGCCAAAAGAGCCUUGAGUAGCCAACAUCAAGUCCGAGUCGAGAUUGAAUCGCUUUUUGACGGUGUAGAUUUCUCAGAGCCGUUGACCAGGGCCAGAUUCGAAGAACUCAACAACGACUUGUUCAGGAAAACCAUGGGACCCGUCAAGAAGGCCAUGGACGACGCCGGUUUACAAAAGAGCCAAAUUGACGAAAUUGUCCUCGUCGGUGGAAGUACCAGAAUCCCAAAAGUCCAACAGCUUCUAAAAGAUUACUUCGAUGGAAAGGAACCAAACAAAGGUGUGAACCCCGAUGAGGCCGUCGCUUUUGGCGCCGCCGUACAGGGAGGUAUUUUGAGCGGUGAAGGUGGUGACGAAACUAAAGAUAUUCUUCUUUUGGACGUGGCACCUCUUACUCUCGGAAUCGAAACCGUUGGGGAGUGA